AUGUACGAACCAAAUGAUAAAAUAAGAAAGAUGUACGAACCAAAUGAUAAAAAAAGAAUGAUAUCAAACAUCACAAUGAAAAAACUCUUUUUGCCAAACUGGAAAGGAAGCACUGGGGAGGAAUUCACAAAAAUGUUAAAAAAAGAAAAGAAAAACAUCACAAUUAAAAUGAGGGAAAAAGCAAUUGUCAACUUGUCUAGCAAAAAAUUUACAGAAAGUGAACUCAACAUAAUUAAUAAAGGACUCAAAUUUAUCAUCUCCCCCCAGAGAAAAGGCAAAAAUUGCUACAGAGAAGAAGUAAUUAAAUUCAAAAGGCGAAUUGAACUAAAAAUGUUCUUCUCCGAAAAUAAAAAUGAAUACAAAGAAGGAAAGAAAUAUAAAAACAUAGCAAAGAAAUCCGAAUGGACACCACCAACGCCAAAAAAUAAAAAAAUAAGAAGAUUUUUAAAAAUAGUAGAGCUAAAAACAGAAGAAAUCUUGAAAAAAAGGCUAGAUAACUCGCCCGAAAAUAUCAGUAACAACGCUAGAAAAAUACUUUUAGGAUUAACAAAAGAUCAUAACAUAAUAUUUAAACAAACAGAUAAAGGUGGAGGGAUCUGCAUCCUAGACACAAAAGACUAUGAAUCGAAAGUAUUAGAAAUGUUGAAUGACAACACUACAUACAAACUCCUCACCAACAACCCUAUGGCAAGAAUAAUUAAUGAAGUCCACGAUUUAAUCAACUAUAUGUUUAGGAAAGAGUCUAUUGACAAAACCGUUAGAGAAAUGCUUAAACCAAACAACCCAUGUAGGAAACCAUUAUUUUAUGGGUUACCAAAAGUACACAAAGUAGGAAUACCACUGAGGCCCAUCGUAUCAGGUUGCGAAGGGCCGACCGAUAAUCUAUCCCGAUUUGUAACAGGCUAUAUCCAACCAUUAGUAGAAAAACUACCAGCAUACUUCAAAGAUAGUACAGAACUACUACGAAUAUUAGGCACAAAGAAUACAACAGUAGAAGACUAUUGGUUAGUCACAGCCGACGUAACGUCACUAUACACGAAUAUACCACAUGAGGAAGGAAUUGAGGCUUUGAAACACUACUUAACAAUCUAUAAAGACUUCUCUUAUCCUGAAGACAUUCCCCCAAGACCCCCGAUCUCACACUUGAUUAGGAUAGUGAAAACAAUAUUAGAAAACAGCGCAUUUGGAUUUGGAAAUAAAGAUUACCUACAAAUUUCAGGUACGUCAAUGGGUACUAGAAUGGCACCACCCUAUGCAAAUUUAUUCAUGGGUUUAAUUGACAAAAAAAUCAUAGAAAAAUAUUCGAACUCAAUCCAAAACUACAAAAGAUUUAUUGACGAUAUCUUCUUUAUAUUUCUGGGGAAUGAAGAAGAAUUAAAUAGCGUUAAACAAUUCAUGAAUAGCAUACACAAGUCCAUAAAAUUUACAUUCAAUGCCUCUAAAACAGAAGUAGCCUUCAUGGACCUGCUUCUAUCGAAGAAUAAAUAUAGAGGACUAACAUCGACCUUGUAUAAAAAACCAACAGACACAUGUAGUCUACUUCACUUCAAGUCUCACCACCCCAGACAUCAAAAAGAAGGGCUUAUAUACAGCCAAGCAUUGCGAUUAAAUAAAAUAAUUAGAUCAGAAAAUAAUCUAAAAGGCGAGCUAGAAAACCUUGCAAGAACCUUAAUAACAAAAGGUUAUCCGUUAGAAAUGAUCAACUUCAAUAUAAAAAAAGCACUUAAAUACACCCAGAGAGAACUUAUAGAGGAAAAAAUCAAAAACAACGAGAAUGAAAUAAGCCCGAUAGCUGUAGUGAUGCCAAAUGACCAAAGAGGUCAACUAAUAUCAAUAAUGAUUCAAAAAACUUGGAUAAUUAUUGAAAAAGAUUCCACGCUAAAUAAAAUUUUUCCAAUGAAAACCAGAAAAGUGUUCUCUAACAACAAAUCCCUGAAAGAAAAACUAAUCUCCACGAAAUUUCAAAUUUAA